AUGACGACAGCCAGCGUGUUGCUCACUGUUGGCACCACUUGGAGCGCUGCCAGUGACAAAUGCGACAAGGAGGAGCGAGUGGGUCGGAUUCCUUGGAACUACACCGCUGUCGCAGCUCGGGAGCUUCGCGAGACCCCGGCCAUAAGAGAACAGGCGCUACAAAUCAUGAGGGAGUGGAUACAACAGAACAAAGACAUUAGGAACGUAAGACAAGACGACAAUUUCUUACUGAGGUUUCUACGUCAGAAAAAGUACAGCAUACCCAUGGCCCAGCAGACUUUGCUGAAGUAUCUUAGUUUGAGAAAAUAUUAUCCGGAAAGUUUCACAAACCUCAACUACGAGUAUGCUAGCAUAUCGGAGAUACUGAACAACGGGUACAUAGUGGUUUCACCGGUCCGGGACAGCAAGGGGCGUCGCGUCAUCGUUUAUAACAUGAGCAAGUUCAAUGCCAACAAGUUCACAUGUUGGGACAUGUGUCGUGCGCAUUUUGUGGUUUACGAGAGCCUAUUGGACGACCCAGCCGACCAGAUAUUGGGGUUCACUCACGUUGGUGAUGGAACUGGUGUGUCCGCUGCUCACAUCACGGCAUGGAACCCCACCGACUUCGGGAGGAUCAUGAAGUGGGGAGAGCAAUCACUCCCGAUGCGUCACAAGGAGUUCCACCUCUUCAACAUCCCGUCAGCCAUUAAAUACAUCAUAGAUUUUGCUGUCAGCAAAGUAACACCCAAGAUGGCGGAAAGACUGAAAAUUCACACAAACUUGAAACAACUACACGAACAUGUUGACGCGUCCUGUCUGCCAACGUCAUAUGGCGGCCCUCUGCAACUACAAGACAUGGUGUCCUUCACAAGGCAACUACUCUCAGAGCAAAAGAAGAAACUGCUCGCGCUCGACGAUAUGGAGAUCCUCAGCACCAAAGGAAUCAUCUCGUCUAGGAACAAAAGUACCGCCAUUACAGGCGAUUCAGUCUCAAUAGAAGGGAGCUUCAGAAAACUAGAAAUAGAUUAG